AUGGGUGUCUUGUCCUCAAUAAACGUUACUCUUUUCCGGGUCGGAUUUCUAUCUUUCCUGUCAUUCGCUUGCAUUAAAGAUGUGAAUAUCAUUUUAUCCAAUCCAACAGUGCUUAUGUUCACGCAGGCGAUGAACCUUCCCGCGUUGACGUUGUCGUCUUACAGUGCCCAGCUGGGCUUAACAGCUGCCCUCUUUGGAUUUUUGGCUCUUCACGACCUCAUUCCUCUGUUGGAACAGAACAAGCUGUUUUUCGAGUCGAUGGUGCCGCUUCGGUUGAUGAUCUUCUUCAUUCUAACAACAGCGUCCUACUAUGCCAAAGAGAGCUUGUUUAUUCACAAUAAUGCAGUGUUUAUUUAUGGAAUGAGUGAGGUGUGGAUCAAUUUUCUGAUCUUUACUGCAUUAAGGGAAGAGAGAAAUGAAGAUUUCAAGAGAGCUAACAGAGUCGUUAACGGGGACGAACCUGAGGAACUUGAACCAUUACCCGUAAACGAGGCAGAAGAAGAAGAAGAAGAAGAAGAGGAAGAAGAGGAAGAAGGGGAAGAGUCAGUCGGCGAUGACGCUUCUUCUGACGAAUAG